AAGCGUUUUCUUUCCCGCUCUCUCCUUGAACCGGUGACCCAAAUUAGGGUUUAGGCCUUGAUAACUAUCGGCACACCAAUAUCCUCUUAGAUGAAUUAGGUUUCAGAGUUUCUUAUCCACUAACUAACUCUGCAUUUGAGACAUUUGUUUCAUUUUAAGCUUUGCAGUAACAAUGAUGUAUGGUGAUCCGCAACACCAACACCAACAGCAGCAACAGCCAGGCGGCGGCGAAUUCCUCAGAGGUCCUCCGCCACCGGCACCAAUGAUGCGACAGCCUUCUGCCUCUUCAACUACUCUCAAUCCCUCAGAUUAUCACCACCCUUCAGCUCCUGCUCCUGGCCCUCCUCCCCCUUCUUACGACACAGCUCAUGGAGAUAAUUUCGGUGCAAAAAGAAUGAGAAAGCUUACACAAAGGAGAGCAGUUGAUUAUACGAGCACUGUUGUCCGUUAUAUGCAGAUUCGUAUGUGGCAGCGAGAUUCGAGGGACAGGACAGUAUUGCAGGCUACUCCAGCAGCAGCAAUCGAUAUGUUACCAACAGCUGCCUAUUCUGAUAACCCAUCAACAAGCUUUGCUGCAAAAUUUGUUCAUACAUCUCUUAACAAGAACCGUUGUUCAAUUAAUCGAGUUUUGUGGACUCCUAAUGGGAGACGUCUAAUCACUGGUUCUCAAAGCGGUGAAUUCACUCUUUGGAAUGGACAAUCAUUUAACUUUGAAAUGAUUCUACAGGCGCAUGAUCAAGCCAUCAGGUCCAUGGUAUGGAGUCACAAUGACAACUGGAUGAUCUCUGGUGAUGAUGGUGGUACAAUUAAGUACUGGCAGAGCAACAUGAAUAAUGUUAAGGCACAUAAAUCUGCUCAUAAAGAAUCAAUUCGUGACUUAAGCUUCUGUAGGACAGAUUUGAAAUUCUGUUCUUGCUCUGAUGAUACUACUGUCAAAGUAUGGGACUUUGCUCGAUGCCAUGAAGAGCGUUCAUUAACUGGCCAUGGUUGGGAUGUCAAGAGUGUUGACUGGCACCCUACAAAAUCUCUACUUGUUUCAGGUGGGAAAGACAACCUUGUAAAACUCUGGGAUGCUAAAAGUGGGAGAGAACUUUGCUCAUUUCAUGGCCACAAAAAUACAGUGCUUUGUGUCAAAUGGAAUCAAAAUGGUAACUGGAUUCUAACUGCUGCAAAGGAUCAAAUCAUUAAGCUUUAUGAUAUUAGGGCAAUGAAGGAGCUUGAAUCUUUCCGCGGGCACCGAAAGGAUGUGACUGCAUUGGCUUGGCAUCCAUUUCAUGAGGAGUAUUUUGUCAGUGGGAGUUUUGAUGGGUCCAUUUUCCACUGGAUUGUUGGGCACGAGACUCCCCAGAUUGAAGUUCCUAGUGCUCAUGAUAAUAGUGUGUGGGAUCUUGCAUGGCAUCCUAUUGGAUAUCUUCUUUGCAGUGGUAGCAAUGAUCAUACAACAAAGUUUUGGUGCAGAAAUAGGCCAGGAGACACUGCUCGGGAUAAAUUUAACAUGGGUCAGAACCAAGGUUAUGGUGAACAAAACCCUGCUCUUGGUGGCCGCUUGCCUGGCAAUUUUCCUAUUCCUGAAGCACCAACAACACCAGGACCAUUUCCUCCUGGAUUGACUCGAAAUGAAGGAACCAUUCCGGGUGUUGGAGCUGCAAUGCCAUUAACGAUUCCAUCUAUUGAUACAUCAGCUCAGGGAGAGCAGAAACAGCCUCUUCCAAUGUCCAUUCCUCUAGGAGCGCCUCCUCUACCUCCUGGUCCACAUCCAUCUCUUCUUGCUGCCAAUCAGCAGCAGGGAUAUCAACAAAAUCCUCAGCAGAUGCCACAGCAGCAACAACAGGCACACCCUCAGCAAAUGCCCAAUUUGCCUUUGCCACCACCACAUAUGCGGCCGUUACAGCCUCCAUCACAUUUACCCCUGCUUCCUCAUCCUCAGUUAUCUCGCCCGCCACAAAUGCCUCCUCAUGCUAUGCCUCAAUCAAUGCCAGGAUCCUUGCCUGCACCUUCAUCAAUGCCUACAUCACAUCCAAUGCCAAUGCCUGGUCCAAUGGGGAUGCAAGGUACAAUGAAUCAGAUGGUCCCUCCAAUGCAACAAGGCCAUUUUAUGGGCAUGAAUCCAAUGCAUUCUGGACCCUUACCCACAAGUGCUGCCCCUCCAGUUGGGGGCUUUCCUAAUGGCCUACCAAAUAUGCAAGGCCCAUCGAAUGCAACUGGGGGUCAAAUGUUUCCACAAGGUGGUCCAUUCAAUCGGCCGCAAGGUGGACAGAUGCCAAUGAUGCCAGGGUUUAAUCCCUACCAGUCUGGAAAUCAAUCUGGUAUGCCUCCACCACUACCACCAGGUCCUCCGCCUCAUUCCCAAACACCUCAGUAGACCAUUGUUUCAUCCAGACCAGCUGCUGCUUAUGCGUGGAAGGAAGCUACGAGCUGCACCGGCUUGCUUGCGUUCAAGUCAACUCAUGUCUAUUUUAUUAUGUUGGGAUGGUUCUUUUUGCAUUUUUUGUUCUUCCUGUGAUCAUUGUACAAUUUGGCAGUAAAUACCUUUUAACAUAUUCAAUGAGAUAGCAGUAGUUCAGUGGAAAAUCCUGUGCAAUCCUUUCAGUCUGGAAUUUUGCACUCUAUUCUGCUGUUU